GGUGCAAUUUGACCUUGAGCAUUGAAGGCCCGCCCGCUCGUGUAGGCCCUUUGGGAGCGUUUCAAUUUGCCUCACUUAGCGUGUGCGCGCUAGGUUUCUAUGCGUUAUUAUUCUAAGUUUAAACCAUACUAAACGCAAAGGCUUUGUUUACAAAACUCGACAUUACAGUGCAUGGUAUCGAUUACAUCCUGCCUGGACUGGGAGAUCACGACCAUCGAGAAAAUCGGGAACAGGCUCAAGGGAUAUCAUCCGUUGCAGACGACAUUAGCAGAGAAUAAUGGGUCGCAGUGCGGAUAUUGUUCUCCGGGCUGGGUGAUGGCUAUGUACAGCCUUAUCCAUACAAACCCAAAUCUAACGAUGUUAGAAAUCGAGCAAUCAUUCGGAAGUAACGUUUGUCGGUGUACUGGAUAUAGGCCAAUUCUAAAAGCCUUCAAGAAAUUCGCCAAAGACUAUCCCAACGCAUACGAAAUCCCUGACAUUGAAGAUUUAAGCAUUUGCGAGAAAACUGGAAAAAAAUGCAACAAAACUUGUGAUGAGGAGGAUGAAUGGUGCGUUAUAAAAAAAGAGGACGUAAUGCAGCAUAAAAUUAUCGAAAUACCGCUACAAGACCACAAGAAAUGGUUCAGAGUAUUGACUGUAAAUGACAUAUUUGAAGUUUUAAACCAAGAAGGUUAUGAUUCUUACAUGUUAGUUGCUGGGAAUACUGCUAAAGGAGCUUAUCCCAUAAAGGAGUACCCACAAACUCUGAUAGACAUCAGCGACGUCUCUGAACUAAAACGGACCUUUAUAGAUCAGAACCUGGUCAUUGGUGGCGGUACGACGCUUACUGAAGCCUUGGAUAUAUUCCAACACAUGGCAACCCAAGAUUAUUUUGAAUACCUUUUAAAGUUUUAUCAACAUUUGAAACUUGUUGCUCAUAUUGCGGUUAGAAAUAUAGGAACUAUUGCUGGCAACUUGAUGAUAAAGCACCAGCACAACGAAUUUCCUUCUGAUAUUUUUCUUCUUUUGGAAACUGUGGGAGCAGAGCUUACACUAGAAAAAGUCCAGUUAGCAAGAAUUGCAUAUGGAGGUCUCUCCUCAACCUUCAUUAGAGCUGCGGCCACUGAAAAGUACUUGACCGGCAAAGAACUUUUCACAAACGAUACUUUGCGUAUGGUAUUGCAAGUUUUAAAAGGAGAAUUAAAAGUGGUGGAGAUUCCACCAAAUCCCUCGGCUGCCUAUAGAAAACAAUUGGCUAUCAACUUGUUUUACAAGGGUCUUUUGUCAAUAUGUCCGGAGGAUAAAAUUCCUGAACGAUAUUCUUCAGCAGUGAUUAAUUUGCACGAAAACCGACCAGUCUCUCAGGGAAUACAGGUUUAUGACACAAACCCUUCACUUUGGCCUUUGAAUCAGCCUUUGCCUAAGGUGGACGGCUUGAUUCUGUGUGCUGGAGAAGCCAAAUAUACUGAAGACAUGCCAUCUCUUCCCGAAGAAGUAUACGGUGCAUUCGUGCUGAGUACAGUUCCAAAUGGAAAAAUUGUAUCAAUAGAUCCUAGUAAGGCUUUGGCUGAAAAUGGAGUAAUAGCUUUUUAUACAGCGAAAGAUAUACCAGGAGAAAACUCAUUCACUCCAAAUAAUACCCCAGUUUCUAUUGUAUUCGAACCACUUUUAAGCGAUGGUGUAAUCGAGUAUUAUCACCAGCCCAUUGCUAUUAUUGUAGCAAAAACUAGAAAAAUUGCUGACAGGGCAGCUGAAUUGAUUAAAAUCAUUUACAGCGAUGUAAGGAAACCUAUUGUUGACAUAAAAAUAGCAAAAAGAGAUCCAAGAAGAGUAUUUUUACUCGCUACCAUGCCUGCAACUGAAGCAGGUAGAGAAGUAGUGAAGAUUAUAAAAGGAGAGAACACGAUAUAUGGACAAUAUCCUUUUACAAUGGAGACCUUGGUGUGUGUUACCAAACCAACUGAAGAAGGAUUAGAAGUGAAUGCGGCGACGCAGUGGUUAGACAUAGUGCAUGAGAUGGUAUCUAGAGUUUUAAACAUAAAACAAAAUCGAAUCGAUGUGAAGGUCCGUCGACUUGGAGGAGGAUAUGGUUUCAAAGUAACUCGUGUAUCACAGACAGCUGUAGCGUGUAGCCUCGUUGCAUUCAAACUAAACAAACCCUGUCGCUUCAUACAAUCUUUGUCAACCAAUAUGAGAGCAAUGGGCAAACGAUUCCCUUGUUCUUUUGAUUAUGAGGCAGGUGUGGACAACACAGGGGUUAUCCAGUACCUAAAUGUGAACUUGUACGAAGAUAAUGGAUAUAAAAUCAAUGAACCUAUAGCAAGUUUAGGUUUAGUAGUUUAUAAUAAUUGCUAUGACAGUAAAAGGUGGAACUACAAGUGUUUUAAUGGAAUUACAGACACUGCUAAAAAUUCUUGGUGCCGAUCUCCUUCGACAUUAGAAAACAUUGCAAUGGCAGAAACCAUUUUGGAACGAAUAUCUUACGAGCUAUCUCUUGACCCUUUGCAAGUUCGAUUAUCAAAUCUGGAUUACGCAAACCAUAACGAUUUGAAGGAAAUGACAUCAACUUUAGUUGAGAAAGCAGAUUAUAACAGUAGGAAACAAGACGUUCAAUCUUUUAACAGCCAAAAUAGAUGGAAGAAACGAGGACUCAGAUUUUCGUGUAUGAGAUGGAAAAGUUCUGCGGCUUCUUAUUUAGACGCGAAUUUGUCUGUUUACCAUGGCGAUGGUACAGUAUCACUUACUCACGGUGGUAUAGAAAUGGGACAGGGUAUCAAUACUAAAGCAGUGCAACUCUGUGCUUAUCUUCUGAACAUUCCUGUGGAAAAGGUACAGAUUAAACCCAAUGAUACUACUAUAUCGCCGAAUAGUUUCUGCACAGCUGCAAGUAUUACAUCGCAGGUAAUUCUUGUCAAUAUUAGGCAAUGUUGUGAAGAACUUCUUAAACGAUUGGCACCUAUAAGGGCGCAAAUGAUAAAUCCUACCUGGGAGGAAUUAAUAAAGAAAGCCUUUGAAGCGUCUGUAGACCUACAAACCCAUGGAUUUGUAGGAAAUAAUUACCUCAACGAUUAUAAUGUGUAUGGGGUGACUUUGGCAGAAGUAGAAAUUGAUGUUCUGACGGGAGAGCACGAAAUUUUACGAGUUGAUCUACUGCAAGAUGUUGGACAGAGUGUCAGCCCCGAAAUUGAUAUUGGUCAAAUAGAAGGCGCCUUCACGAUGGCUCUUGGCUACUGGACUUCAGAGCAUCUGGUGUACGACCUUACUGGCGAACUGCUCACAAAUCGAACUUGGAAUUAUCAUGUGCCCUUAGCUAGAGAUAUUCCACAGAACUUUAAAGUGUACUUUAGGAAAAAGUCUUACAGCACUGACGUUUACUUCGGAUCUAAAAUGACUGGAGAACCUUCCGUAUGUAUGGCGAUCGUAAUACCUUUUGCGAUCAGAGAAGCAAUUACAGCCGCUAGACUUGAAAACGGGAUCCCAACUACUUCUUGGUUCAAUAUUGAUGGUCCCUACACAGUGGAAGAAAUAUGCUUAGCAACAGCAACAAGGCUUCAAGAUUUUAGAUUUAAAGAUUAGUGUAUCAUAAAAAUAUUUAUUUUAUUAUGGUUCUUAAACACCAAUUUAAUCGUAUUUUUAUUAUCAUCGGUAAGAUAAUUAAUAAAUAAUGACAGUAAUGUUAAAUGAAAUGUUGUGAAAUGGUUCGC